AUGCAUGACCUAAAAUUACUCUUGGUUUCGGGGCUUGUUCUUUCCGCAGAGGCCGUGGCCUCCUACCUGUACAUUCCUCCUGUAUAUCAUAAUGGGAGCGUCAAAGUGGAAGACCUCUCUGUGGCUGGAAACCUGGAUGGACCCAAGAUGAGGACCGCCGCUAAUCAUACCUCCUUUGACUUUUGGUACUUCGACGCCUUCUCUACAUCUACUCCUGCAGCGAUAAAUGUCGUGUUCUACAACACCGGAGACUUUGCAGCGAAUCCAAAUCCUCUUGCUGUUCAAAUAUCCGGCACCUUUGAUAACGGCACCCAGUUCUCCGGUCAAGUACUCGCGUCCAAAGGUGUCAUAUUCGACCAAGACGAUAAUGGCAUCUCUGCGAGCUGGGAAGGGACUGGUGCAACCUUCCGUGGAUCAAGUCUCGAUAAAUCGAGUCCUGAAUAUAUCAUUAGGUUUGAUUCUCCUGGUAUUGGUGUUAAGGGUGACAUCCGCCUGAAAUCGCGAGCCCCUCCUCACUACCCCUGCAAUCCAAACAUCGCGCAAAUGAAUACCCUCCUCCUCCCGCACCUCCACUGGGCGAACGCCAUCCCAGAUGCCACCGCCACUGUAGACCUACAAAUCAACGGAACUGACUUCCACAUUACUAAAGGAGUCGGCUACCAUGACAAGAACUGGGGUGAUGCUUCUGUUAUCACCAGCCCAAAAUACUGGGACUGGGGCCACGCCCAACUCGGCCCUUACUCGAUUGUCUGGUACGAUCUUCUCGAUUACAAUAACAAGGAGCACUCGUACGCAUACGUUGCCAAAAAUGGAAGAUUGGUUACAGUAGGUUGUGCGGAUAAUGCCGUCAAGGUGCGCCAGGUUGGCAUGAAUGCCACGUACCCUCCUACUGGGGGUAUUCCUCAAGCACAAGGAUUGACGGCCAAUUUUGAUCUUGGUGGGGGGCAAGUGUUUGCAGUCAAUUUGACAAAGGAGGUUAUUGUUCAUAACGAAGUCGUGUAUGCGCGGGCUUUGGGGUCCGUCACAGGGGGGAUUGUUGGCCAGGAGACCUACACGGGCCGGGCUAUGUAUGAGGAAUAUAUGUAUGGGCUUCUGUUUGGCUGA